UUAGAUAUGCAGAAAGCAAAAUAUGACAAUACGCAAACUUUCCUGCAAUAUACAAAAGUAAUUAUGGCUAAAUUAAAGACAUGUGAUUGGGGAUCAUUAGACGAAAACCUUAUACAAAUCUGUGUAGCAACAUUAAAAAGGUUACUAGUAACUGCAAUUUCUUAUGAUUUAGAGCAAACUGACCCUGUUAUUGAACUUAUGAAUCACGAUACCGGAACAUUGAUUGAUGAUUCAAUAGCCAAAUUAUCUGUUAUAUUACAUGACUUCAAAGAUUCCGACCAAAUAUUACCGGAUUCUGGUCUCCAAUUGUAUGGUGAAUAUGAAUCUUUUGUCAAACUAUCUGAAGGUUUAAGGGCUUACUUUGAAAAAAAUGUACAACCGCGAAAAGACUCAUCUGAUGAUUCCAAAUGGUUCUCCAACUUAAAUAAAUUCAUUAAAUGUAUUAUUGAACGUCGAGUUUUACGUGUCAAAGAUUGGUAUCUUCAAAAUACUGCCAAAUUUUCUCACGUAACUGCCAACAAGUCUGCUCAAAAGAAAUCAGACAUGAGGAUGAGCAUUGGUGUCUAUCUUCACGUCAUUAUUGUGGAAAAGCUUCCAUAUGAAGAAGUACAUGAUUUACAUCACUGUAAAAAUGAGACGUAUCCGAUUCAAUGUCCAAUUUUAGAUUGCCAGCGAAAAUGUCAAAGCAAUAAUCAUUUUCACUCUAAUUCGCAAGUGGAUCAUUUUUGUGGAAAUGAGCAUCAAUGUCAUGAAUUAUAUGAAGAAACUGGUAUAUGUAAAGUAAAACUUGAACCCAGGAAGCAAGAGGAUGUUUAUGAUGGAUUAAUUAAAGGAACUUCUAUUACAUUUACAAAGUGUACGUUACCCUAUAGGCACACACAAAAUCAUAACACAAGUCAUGGAAAUAUGAUACUAACUGAGUUCACUGGAGAGGAUUAUGAAUUUAAAUAUGAAGGACAUAAAUUAAGAGUUGGUGAUCAAGGAACUUUUGUUCUUUGCAAUCUGUUUUGCAAAGAUUUAGGAAGACACCGUCAUAUUGAUUAUUGUCAGAGUCAAGAUAUUUGUCAAGGACAAGAUAUCCAGCAUAUUAAUGAGCAAAUACAACCUAAUCCUAGUAUAGAAAAAGAUUUCAUUUCUCACAAAUUGUUCUGGAAAAGAACAGAACAACAAGAGUUUGCGAAAUGUGAUCAUGAAUGUUUAGAUGAAAUACAUCACAAAUCUAAGGGAUCUACAAGCAAAUCAACGAAUAAAUCAUUUUGCGAAUUACCACUUUUUCAUACUCAACUUGAUCCAGAAUCAAAUCCUCCUCAUGAUAAUGGAUAUAUCUCCAAAGAUAGACAUCAUUUUAAUUAUGAGAAUCCAAGUGCAUGUGAAGCAGCUUUUCAUAUUAUCUUUGUUUUGAAUCAUUCAUCAUCUAUGGGAGGAUCAAUUCAAAGCAAUAUAUUAAAGCUUUGGUUUCGUGAUAAUAAUAUGCUUGACGCAGUAUAUAAUGCGGUUUUCCAAUUUAUGAAUGCAUGUAUAAACUCUACAAAUCAAGUCAUUCGUGAUAAGUUAUCAUUGAUCUUAUUUAAUCACAAGGUUAUUGUUCCGUUCGAGAAUGAAGAUCCAACAGAUCUGAAGAAAUUGUUAGAUGCAAUGAUUGUCCACAAACCUAAUAGUGAAACAUGUUUCGAAAGUGCAAUUAAGAAAGCUGGAUCUUUGAUUUCAUUUCAUUAUGAUCCCACAAGAACAAAUGGCAUUAUCUUCUUAUCUGAUGGAGAAUGCGUAAUUCCAGAAAGGCAGCUUCAUCAUGUCUUUGAAGAAAGUCAAACAAGAGGGUUCCCAUUAUAUCUCUAUACUGUUUUAUUUAGCAGCAACUCGUCUUUUUCUUGCUUAGAAGAAAUGGCUAAGAUUGUGCAAUCUUAUCAUAAUAAUUACAUAUCAUCCGAUAGCUUACAAUCUCAAUUUACUCGAGCUAUUGAUGAGAUAAGACUAGUAAAUCAUUUUACGGAUGUGGUAAAUAAUUUAAGAGAACAUAAGCCGACUUUGUUAAAGAAGGGACCUAACAGCUAA